UUUUUAAAGUUAGAAGAAGCCAUCUGAGCGCCCCUCAACGUAAAAAGGGAAAGGAAUAAUUAUUCGGUAGAUAAACAUAACAUAAACUAGUUUACACGAUGAGCGGUAUUCCUGGGACUGCCGUCGUCCAGGUGACUAAUCUUUCAUCGGCCGUGAGCAGCGAGCAGAUGCGCACCCUCUUUGGAUUUCUGGGAGACAUCGAGGAGCUGCGGCUCUACCCGCCCGACAACGCCCCUCUGUCCUUCUCGUCAAAAGUGUGUUACAUAAAGUAUCGAGACCCUUCCAGUGUUGGUGUGGCGCAGCAUCUCACCAACACUGUUUUUAUUGACAGAGCUCUCAUAGUGGUGCCAUGUGCAGAAGGGAAGAUUCCAGAAGAGGCCAAGGCCUUGUCGCUUUUGGCCCCCACCGCCCCCGUGCACAGCAUCCUCCCUGGUGGUGGGCUGCUCCCCAUCCCCACCCAGGCUCCGCUUCAGAACCUGAACCUUCCCCUCGUGAGCCGCGUGACAACCGGCCUCGAACCCGCUGUGUCAGCACUUUCACAGCCCCCCCUCAUGGGCAACGUGGACCCCUCCAAGGUGGACGAGAUCAGGAGGACGGUCUACGUGGGCAAUCUGAACUCACAGACCACCACGGUGGACCAGCUGCUGGAGUUCUUCAAGCAGGUCGGCGAGGUGAAGUUCGUGCGGAUGGCGGGCGACGAGACUCAGCCCACGCGCUUCGCCUUUGUUGAGUUUGUGGAUCAGGAGUCGGUCAGCAGAGCGCUGACCUUCAAUGGGGUCAUGUUCGGAGACCGGCCCCUCAAGGUCAACCACUCCAACAACGCCAUUGUGAAGCCUCCGGAGAUGACGCCUCAGGCUGCCGCCAAGGAGCUGGAGAGCGUGAUGAAGAGAGUCCGCGAGGCGCAGUUCACCAUCGCUGCCGCCAUAGAGCCAGCCGAGAAAGAGAAGCGCUACUCGGGUCGCUCGGGAAGGUCACGGCGCUCGCGGUCUCGCUCCGGGUCGCGCAGGAGGAGGUCGCGCUCCAAACACGGACCGCCGCAGAAGUGGUCGAGGAACGACUCUCACGCUCCCCGAGGCGGCCACAGGAGGCGCUCUCGCUCCAAAGACAGGCGGCGCAGCAGCAGCCGCACCAGGGUGCGCCGGCGGAGCCGAGGUCGCUCCAGGAGUCCUCCCAGGAAAGGACGGUCGCCCUCGCCAAAGAGGAGUAGGAAGCGGCGGGAACGCAGCCGGGAAGCAAGGGAGCGGUCUUCAUCGAGGAAGAGGAGCCGCAAAGAUGAAGAGCGGACAAAAAACAGAGCCAAGCCGUACAAGGCGGGGAGGGGCUGCAACAGAGAGGGCUCGGCCACGCCCACUCAGGACGUGACCUCUUCGCCCUUGGCUCAGCACAACGGCAUCCAUCGCAGCAGCGAUGACAACUGACUCUGACGUGGUUCUGCCGGCGUCGUUUUUACUCCCCCGCCUGGAGGCCACGAGGACGCCACGCUUGACUUUUCGUCCAAACAUCAACAACUUCAGUCAACAUCACGUCCACCACGCUAACCUGCCCCCAAGCUAGCAGGGAUCAGGAAGUGUCCACCAGGGUCAGGAUGCUUGCUGGAACGUUAGCAUCAAGUCGGAUCUUUUUUAUUAUUUCCUGUCAGAGUUGAGAAGAACUAAAAUUUCUUCUAUUUAGCUCAUUUCGAUGCGGCGCUACUUCCUUGUGUGCGAUGCCCUCCAUGUUCAUUUGACGUCUCGUGCUGUAAAAAUAGAUUAGCAACUACCAGAUGCGCCGGCGAUCCUCACCUGUGGGGCGUGGAGGGAAGCGCCCCCGAUGUUUCCUGCUGGAGGCGCCAUGUUAAACUUCACACCACCUUUCAUUUCCUGUUUUUGUAUUUUUGCGGGUGCCGUUACUCUUUUAGUUCAAGCACCAUGCCACUGUGUUCUUGUCUUUUUUUUGUUUGUUGUUAAAAAAAAAAAAAAUUAUGUAGUUCUAUUUGCGUCUAUAAGGCUUUAAAAAAAAACAUAAGAGGAAGUGACAUCACAUUAGAGGUUAUAGGUCAACAGACAAAGUGCCUACGCUACGAUUGUACAAUAAAGUUUAUUAGCAUGGUUAUUAGCGGCGCUCGACAGACGAAGAAGCAGCCAGUACUCGUGUCAAAUGCUGAGUGGUCGUUGAAGGUUUGUUUUUGUUUUUUUUGAAGGAGGCUUAAAGACGACUUUUAACUUGAAAUUUGUUCCCCCGCUUUUAUGUACACAAGCUUCUGUUUGACGUGAUGAAAUUGUGAAGAAAUUUAGUAAAAUGUGUUUUUUGGAAUAAGCCACCGUUGUGCGAGGACAUUCUUAUGUUGCAGGAUUGGAUGAGGGGGGACCCGCUUCUCGUUGAGAAGAGCGUGCUUUGAUGUUAGUCCCAAAUGUGUCCAAUCAGACCAGAAAAAGUCUCUAGAUUUGUCGCUGGGGGUCUGAAUAAACGGAAAAUAUAGUGACGAAAGUUGGCAAAACUGAUCCCUCCUGCUACGUCUUCCUCACUUAUGAAACUGCCCGUGGAAAUCUGACUAAAAGUCUGCGUACGCCAGAAACCCAAAAUGUGCGUACGGGCAAAAAUAUUCAGAUAUGCACACAUUAACACAAUUUGUGCUUGACCUGCUGUCCAAAAUGUGCGUACGCACGCCACCCCACGUCACGCCCCCUCCACGCCUUCAAUUCACCAUAAAUGGCCAAUGCAAAGUGGCUCAUGAAUGUGGCGUCCAUAUUUAAUGACCCUUGCUUGCAUUUCGCUGGGUUCUUCUGAAUCAUUGCUGAGGAGACGAAGGAGCAAGCGGGACGUCUCCAAAACUGAGGUGGAAAUGUUACCUGGAGAGUUGGAGGCUUGUAAAAACAUCAUAUUUGGAGGACACAGCUGUGGCGUAACAAGAGGAGCGAGUCCGGGAUGAAGUUGUGUCGAAAAUUAAUUGCUGUAAUUCCAGACAGUUUACAAAUAUAAUAUGUAUAAUACAAAAAAGCACCAUCAAAUUCUGACAUGCGUAUAUUAUGAUUUUAUGAGGAACUACUGUCGUGUGUUAUUUCAAAGCACAACAAAAGUCAAGCCCGUCAUUUGUGGAAAAGGAAAGAGGAGGUUUACGCACACGGCCCUGACAUAUGCAAAAACUUACUUUUUGAUAAACUGUCCAAAGAAAAGCGAGAAAUGGAGCACGAAGGACAUAUUAGCUUUGUGGCUUGUAAACUCAAUCCCUAGAAUUAUUUGACAACCUGAUGUUUGUUAUAUUAAUCGAACACAAAAUAUUAUGAUUGCCAAAUAAAGGAUGAGGUAUUCAAGCGCUGCGUUGUUUUUCAUGUAUCUUUUAGUGGGAAUGCUGUACGCUGGUGCGGAAUGGUGGUUAUGAUCAAUGACAAAUGGUGUCCAGAUGUCAAAUGACACUUUCCACAACUGUUUUAAGUCAAUAACGGUGUGAUGUUUCCAUGCACUGACGGAUAAAACUUGAUUGGCUUCCACUGCAUGUUUAUUUCUAACAUAU